AUGUUUCGGAAGAUAAAUUAUGUAUUCCGUCCUAAUCAUAAUGGACAAAAAGGGCGAGACUGUGGCAGUCGAGGAGAAUUCGGGCAAGACUACCACAGCGCCUGCACAGUCAGGCUGGUCCGCAGCACGUCCAUGCUGGUGUUGGGAGAGCGAUCUCAGUCGACGUUGAAACGGAGCAAAAGCACAGUGAGCAUCGAAUCCACCUUGUACUACUACCAGAGACAAGAAGACCGCAUAUGGCUCUACUCCCAGAAUCGGAACUGCCUGGAGUACCUGGAGGCACUGGUGGCUCUGAGGCGGCGUUACACCGAGAGCAUCUUGAAAAGUAGCGAUACUGUCAAGGCCUCAGCGUCCUCAAAGAAGAAAGCUGCACCACCAGCUCCACUCACACAACCGACAACAACUGUCUCUCCUCGUUCACAGGCAUCAAAAGUGACCCCUUCAGCUCCGCCUGUGCCCAAUGUGGAGGACACUUUGCAAUUUUUGGAUGAGGUGAUUGCAAGCUGUGACAGUGAAGCUCAACACAAACCUUACAUGGACAAUGGACACGCUGACGUGGACUUCAUAGUGGCCUGCAGCUCUGCAGAACACAACCUCCACUCCAACUGGGUCUUGCGGGUUCCACGGGGGGCGGAUGACCCAGACAGGAAGCAACAGGAGCAGGUUGUGUCCUGUGCCAAGGAAAAGGUCCUCAAUAAGAAGAACCAGAGCGGGUCGACCAGCAGCAGGUUGCGUCUGCAGAGGAACCCCAUCCAUUUACCCAAAGUGGUGGAGAGCACCCUGCAGACGCUACGUUUCAAGGCCAAGUGGAAAAAGUCCUGAGGAUGAGCGGAGACUUGAAAGUAAAACUUUGGUUGCUUUACACCUUUUGGUAUGAACAAUUUGCUAAAGAAUGUACUUUUUACACACCGGUUUGCACCUAAUAUUGUUUUUUAAUAUUUCGGUCCGGACCACGGCAUCGAACCACAAGUGUGAACAUGUCCUACAAGGCAACCAAACCUGCUGCUUGGUAGACAUACUGUCAUCUCUUUAUUGUAUCUUAUUAAGACUGUGCACCUGAUGAAGUGUCAACAAUCACAUUUAUAAGAAUCCAUGAAGGAUAUUAGGAUUGAUUUUUAUCAAUUGAAUCUUUUACUGAAACCUUCUGGGUUUUUUAUUAUAAGUGAAAAAAGUUGUGAUGGGAUUUUGAUUGAAAGGCACCAAAGGCAAAGGACAACAAUGAGCAUCUCAGCAUAGUUCACCUUGAAGUGUAGAAAACCUCCAUCCGAAGCAUUAGAAGAAAAUA